AUGAAAUUUGUUUUCUCCACAGGUUGGACUUCAUGGAGUGCCUGUAGCAAAAAAUGUGAAAUUGGCUCACGUACUCGAUAUCGUCGUAUCACCACCUAUCCUGCCCAUGGUGGAUCAAGCUGUCCUACCUUGGUUAGGGUGGAUGGUUGUGGUCAGGUGAACGGGGGCUGUGGUGAUAGGUGUAUCGAAAACGACGGCAGGUGUGUUUGUACUAGCAAUCCAGGAUACGAACUCCAAGGUAAUGAUGGUAUAUCGAUAUACUAUUUUGUUGUAGAAUCAUAAACUGUGCACUAGUAUAUUGUAAGUAAAGUUUGUAAGUCACCUAAACAUGCAAGUACUGAAGAAGUUGAUGUUCUGAAGUUGAGUGUGUUGAUCAUAGAGAGCUUAGUUCAAGAACCAUUCCUCGAUGAUUUGGAUCAAUAAGGGAUCACUUUAAAGUUAGUUAAGUUUAGGGAGAACAGUUUAGAACUGACAGAACUAUCCGGUAUAAAUAAAGGUAAAUUUAGGUUCACUGUCUUGGUAAUAAGAAAGCAAGAUAGAUUCCUCUGACUGGACCUUUAGGAAGAACAGUUUAUAACAAAUAGAGCUAUCCAAUAUAAAUAAUAUUAGUUUAGUAUAGCAUUUCUGCAAUCUUCUUCAUUUAAUUUCUUCCCAGGCGACAGGAAAUCGUGCGCGGACAAAAACGAGUGUUCGGAUGGUUCAGCAGCAUGUAUCAACUCAAACUGCAGGAACACAGACGGUAGUUAUGUGUGUGAUUGUUUCUCUGGGUAUCAACUUUCAUCCAACCCUCGUCAAUGUGUACCGAAAUCAUGCACACCGCUGACCGCUCCACAAUGUCCCGCUGACGCAUACCGUGAUGAAUUUGGAACAACCUGCAUGCCUGCAACAAUCAACUGCCAUGACGGAUAUCAAUAUCAAAGAUCCUGUACUCUAAAGUGCGCGGACAGCUAUAAACUUGCAGUGAUUGCUCAACCAAAUUUCAGACAAAAAUUUGCUGAGAAUUUUACCACAGUUGAUUUUGAUAGCCCUAGUGAUAGAACUGUGUGUUCAUUGGAUUCAAAUUCAAGGACCGUUUCGUGGGAUUGGAAUCCAGGGACUACCCCUUACUAUUGCAGAAGACUUAAUGACCCACCUUUGGGUGUUACCAUAUCAAAAACUGUCAUUAAUGAAAAAGAAUCAGUCUUAACACCAGUUGGUAAAUUAUCUGCGACAGACCCUCAAAAAGAUCAUCUAAUAUUCGGCAUUUCAAACUCGGAAGGGAACUUACAUUUUCUUAUCCAAGGCAAUAUGUUAUUAGUAAAAACUCCGUUAGUAUGGACUCCUAAUUUGGGUGAUAAUACUUAUUCGGUGGUUGUAAAUGUCUCCGAUAACGGGUCACCAGUGAUGCAUUCUGCAGCUACUCUUCAUAUCACGGUGUUAAACAUCAACGAUCCACCCUAUGGAUUAGAACUUUCAAACAACGACAUUUUUGAGAAUGUCCCCGUGAACUCCAUUGUCGGAAAUCUAACAGCAAUAGACGAUGAUGUAGAUCCACGAAGGACUUCAAAUUUCUCCUGGGAGAUUGUCGACAGUGAUAACGGAUUUUUCUCGCUUAGUGGAAACGAAAUACUUGUUGCAAAGAGCUUAGAUCACGAGUCCAAGAAUAUUCAUAAAAUUCAAGUAAGAUGUACUGAUUAUGGAAAUCCUAGAAAGACCUCCCAGGUUGUUAGUAUGUUUAUAAGUGUGCGUGAUAGCAACGAAUCUCCAAAACAUAUCAACCUAACCAAUCAUCGCGUGUCUGAGAACUCCCCAGUGGGAAGGCUUGUUGGUAAGAUAAUUGCGACAGAUGAGGAUAAUGAUACACUGUCGUUUGAUUUGCAAGGAACUGAUAGUAAAGUUCUCGAUAAAUUUGAAUUAGAAGGUGAGUAGCAAGCUAUAUAUAUCCUUGGGGUAAAACUGUAGUAAGUGUCUAUGUCUUUCAUGCACCUGGGGCCGAUUGUAUAAAAACGUAGUUAGCGCUAAUCACUGUAAUUAAAUCCUUAACUGUAAUUAGUUAACUACAUGACUUAACUGCGUUGCACAAAACGUAGUUAGUCGGAUAGUUAACUAAUCACGUAGUUAACUGUGCGUGGGGCUUGCGUGGGGCGUUUAAACACAAAAUUACAUAAAGUAAGGAGCGAGUAACGACCGCGGACACACAUUUUCAACAUGAUUGUGGACUCUUAUUUUGCAAAUAGGCGGGAAAUUUAUUCAAAACACUAGAAAACAGUGAAAAAGAAAAAAGAAAACAAGGAAAAACCGCCACAAAAAUCAUAAAAGAAUGCAGUUUUUCCUUGAGAUGUCUACGUUAAACCAAGGUAUAGCUGUUUGGCAAUUAUAUAUCAGUGUUUCUUGGUGUAAUGGACCAUACUUCGUCUUCGAGAAAUCGUCCUGUGCAAAAAUAUGUUCUGUUUUCGUAAAAACACCAAAGCGAUAGCGUUUGAUGAGUUUAUAUUGUCAGGAAACAUUCACAGGGAAGAUAGCGAUUGAAAAUCUCAGGUAAGCGUUGCUUUUCAUUGUUGUUUUACUGAAAAAUGUUGUUCACUCCUAUACAAACGCCAUUUUUAACUACGUUUUGGACAGUUAACUAUACCCUAAAGCAUAGUUAACUUUAACUACUUUUUAACUGCAGUUUAGGCUAACUACACUUUUAUACAACCGGCAUAACUACGUGAUUAAAGUUAACUAUUUUUUAAGGCUUUUUAACUACUUUUUAACUGCAGUUUAUAGCGCUAACUAAGCUUUUAUACAACCGGCCCUUGGAGUCCAAUGGAUGAUUCCUUGAGCUAUAGACUAAAUUUUGAUCCAGACAAGAAAGACGAAGUCUAUCAUUAUAGCUUAAAAGAACAUCCUUAAAUUGCCAAAUUUGUUUGCAAAAUGUUUUGAAAUACAGGAAAUAUAGCCCUGUGAAAUUAGCCGCAAAUUUGGAGUAUUUUAGUAUUACGCGCGGAAAAAUGCACCACUUUUGAGCCGAAAGAAUCAUCCAUUGUUCAUUUGUCUCAUUAUAAUGCUCUCAUUAUGUGGACAUGAGAAAUAUCACUCUUCUAAGUUGACUGUACCAACCACCUUAAUUAUGUUUCUUCGCUGGCUUGUCUCUGAUAGAGCUAUCCAGUAUAAACACAGUUUAGUUUAAGUUAACAGAGGCUAUUACUCAUUCAAAAGCUGAGAAAACUUACAUUAAAAUUACCAUUUACCCACUAAGGCUCCAACGCUCCCCCCUUGAUGAGUAAAAUCGUAUGAAAACCCUGCUCAUCUUUAUUAAUGUGCAUGCUUACCUGUUUUGUCGUUCGCGCGUUUUUAAAAAUUUUAUAUAAAUUCAUUGUUUGUAUUAGGUUCUGGAACUUGUGCUCUCCGUCUUGAAAAUGGGAGACCUACCCAAAGCUGUUCUGUACCUCUGGUGGUGAAAGGAUCUCUUGAUUAUGAAAUGGAAAACGAAUACAUUAUUUGGGUUGGUGUGACAGAUCCGGGGAGAGUAACACGGAAACAAUUUAGAAUUGAAGUCGAGAACGUGAAUGAAAGACCCACUGAUAUUUUGAUAUCUGAUGACAGAGUGCCUGAAAACUCGCCUGGUGGUACUGUGGUUGGUGAAUUUUUGGUAUGCACCAUUUGGCAUUGUUUUCAUUUCAAUAUACUGUGGUGAUUUACAGUUAUACAUAAUUUAUAGAAUAAAGUACAAUGCGCGGGAAAAAUAGGACACAUACAUGUAAUUAGGGCGCGAAGGAGAAAACAUUGAGUUUGCAUCUAGUAAAUAAAGGAAAAUAUACAACUAUAAAGAUUGUUUGAUUGUUACAUAUAUAGUCCAUGUCAAAUGUUAUGCUACAGGGUUCGAAUUGGAGAAAAAAUUUUCUUCUUGAAAAUUGCAAGGAAAUUUCAAUUUUGAAAUGAUGGAUAGGCUUUAUUUACAAAUAGUCACACAUGACAAUUUAUUAAAUUUUUGGUGCUUCUGUCACCCUCUACAUGGCCUUUUGAAAGAGCUUCCAAUUAAGAUAUAUUACUCACAACUUUCGGUAGAUACUCUUAGCUUUAUUCGAUUUGUUAAAUCUGACGUGAAAAUAAUUUCUUACAGUCAACCAGAAAAACUUUAAAAGGAGGCAAUUCAACAAAUUCUCGUCUUUUGUUCCAGGUACAAGAUCCAGACAACAAGAAUGGACUGACUCAAAUUCACACAUGUUCCCUUGUGAACUCUCUCAAUGGCGAUGAAGAUGCUUUCUAUAUCGCACAAAUAAAUCAAAGAAAUCUUCUUCGAAUCAAAGCAAACAAGAUUCUUGAUUUUGAAACAAAGAAAGUGUAUAAUAUCACUGUUUUCUGUAAAGAUACAAAUCUUGGGAUUUCCAAAUUACUCCUGAUUAAAGUCACAGGUAUUCACACAAAUCUAAAGCCCUGGGCAAACUAGGAACCAUUGUUGUGAUCAAAUGUUUCCCUGUUUGCCAACCCGUGCAUGGAAACAUUGUGCGGAAACAAAAUUUGCUUCCCGAGAAGCAAAAAUGUUUCUACAAAAUUCAGAAACAUUUGAUGUUUCCCUAUGUUUCUCACUAAUGUUCCCUACUUCCUAGUGUUUGCCCACUCUGGGAAACAUGGCGAAACAUUGGCAGGAAACAAUGUUUCCGCAACAAUGUUUCCUAUAGUUUGCCCAGGGCUUAACUGUCGCUUGUGGCAACGAUCUAACUAACUAUACAUGUACCUUCAUUACUAACACAUUUAAACUUUUCUCUUCAGACGUAAACGAGCGACCUACGUCUCUUGUCAUAUCGAGUACAAGUGUUAACGAAAGUGAAUCAAGCAUGAUCUAUAUCGGCACGUUAUCUGCGAAAGACCCUGAAGGAAUAAACCAGACAUUUAUCUACACUGUGAGAGACUCGCAAUCAUUCCGUAUUGGUGGAACCAACAAAGAUCAACUCUUUUUUCUUGGACCACUUGAUUUUGAACAUACACCCAGUAUUAGUGUUCAUGCUCGAGUCACUGAUAACGGUGGACUAUACUUGGAAAAGAUAUUUACGAUUACUGUUCAAGGUUUGUUUAAUAAAAUGAAAGCCCGUAGUAUCAAAUGAGAAUGAGAGUGCAUGAGAGUUGGCAAUCACGUGACCUUGGUUAGCUGUUCUUAAUGCUUUCCCAACACUAUCAUGUAUUCUAUUUAAAUUAAGUUGAAACAUAGUUGGAACACUCUUCAAACCUUUAUUUUGUUAAUCUAGAGCUUGAAGUGUUCCCCGUAACAAUACGUGACUGCAAACUCUCAUCAACAGACUGUUUGAUCAACUCUUAGUAUAAAUGGACCAUUCCCCAAUUAACCAAAAUUUUGAUCUCAACAAGUCUAGACAAAAUUCCAUUAUAGCAUGAAAGAGCAUCACACAAUUAGUAAUAUUCCAAAGUUUCGUUGCAAAAUGUUGUAAAAUGCGGAUAAUAUAGUCUUGAGAUAUUUGCAAUUUUCAGUCAUUUUAGAUUACAAACGAGAAAUGGUUACCACUUUUCCAAAAUUUUGAUCUUAACUAGCCUAAACAAAAAUUUCAUCACAGCUUGAAAGAGCAUCACACAACUAGCAAUAUUCCAAAGUUCCGUUGCAAAAUGUUGUAAAAUGCGGAUAAUAUAUAGCCUUGCGAAGUUUGUGAUUUUCAGUCAUUUUAGAUUACGCACAGAAGUGGUAACCGUUUCCCGUUUGUAAUCUAAAAUGAGUCAGUUAAAUGACUGAAAAUUGCAAACUUCGCAAGGCUAUAUUAUCCGCAUUUUACAACAUUUUGCAACGAAACUUUGGAAUGUUACUAAUUUUGUUAUGCUCUUUCAAGCUGUGAUGAAACUUUUGUCUAGACUUGUUGAGUUCAAAAUUUUGGUCAAUUGGGGAAUGGUCCAUUAAACUAACUUUACAAACUUGGUUUAUAUUGAAUAUCCGCACUGUUCUUUCUGGAGACGUUACCCUAUUAAAUGAUUUCUUUUGCACUCAUAAAUCUCCAUCGUAAUUUUAGACGUGAAUGACCCACCAACAGACAUCAGACUUCAGCGGGCCGAUGCGAAACUUCCUGAAGAUAGUGGUGAAAAUGUGUUCAUCAGUCAGGUUGAAAUGAUUGACCAGGAUAGCAGUACAAGAGCUUCGUGUAGACUUCUGAACAGUAGUAAUGAUCGUGUCAAGUUGAUCUCAAUGAUUCUCGUGGUUGGACCAACGAUUACAGACUAUGAACGUCUGGAUUCAUCCAAGUCUUUGCAGAUUUUAGUGAGAUGUGAGGAUCAAUAUGGAGCUUCUAUUACCCGGUGGAUAAAUCUGCCUGUUGAAGGUAAUUUUGGUGUAGUAAGGUGUGGGAUAAAAUUGUACUGAAUUUUCAUUGUAAAAAAUGGGCUUCACCAAGCGUUACAAGACCUCCGAUGAUGCUCAGGAGGAGGAAUAGGAACAGGACAUCGAAUUGUUUCUCUCAGUUCUAUUUUUUCACUAAAUACAAGUCUACUUCAUAAAAUGAAAUAAAUUAACAUUAUACUCUCUCUCUCUCUCUCUCUCUCUCUGUGAUAAAUGCAAGUUGACCAUCACCUGCUGCACUAUAAUGCUUAGAUCCUACGUUACACUACCCAUGUACUACUACUUAACUUACAGUGGCUAUAGUAUAAAAUAUAUAUUUCACUCAUUUUACGGCCACUCGAGUAAAUUUCUUUGUUAGCAUACGAGCCCCAGAAAUAAUUAUCCGGCUGCAUGCAUUGGAAACUACAUAGAAACUCACACUUAAUGUUCUAACGACCCUCCCUCUGUUCUAAUUCAAGAUGUGAAUGAACCUCCAACGCGCCUGACUUUGAGCAAGUUCGAAAUCCGAGAAAACAAGAACGAUACACUGGUGGGAAUUCUAGAAAUUACUGAUCCAGAUGUGGGUCAACGACAUAGAUGUACCAUACUCGAUGAUGACACGCCAUUUUACAUUAACAGUUCAACAAACCCACCAACACUUAAGACUGUUCGUCCGUUAGAUUUUGAAUCUUCGAGAGUGGAAUAUGUGGAUAUUAAUUGUAAAGAUAUUGUCCUGGAUCAAGCUGAACAUUUUAUAGAAGAACAGUUCAAGAUUAAUGUUAUAGGUACAAUGGGAGAACUUUUUUAAUGUUUACUUCUAUCAGUAAAUUUAUACCAUUAAACUAAACUAAAUCAACUUCAUUCUCAUUUCAGAUGUAAAUGAAGCACCACAGAUACUGUGCAAUACUCCAUUCUUUGCGUCACCUUCGUUCUCGCGUGGUGCAGUCCUUGGUCAAAUCCAGAGUUAUGAUCCUGACAAUGAACGCUAUCAUAUGUCUAAGAAACAAAACCCAAACGGACCAUUUGAAAUACGUAAACAGCGGUUGAAUAUUCGUUUUGAGAACGAGAAUAUUCCCUGGCCAUUUUAUUUCACACAAAAUGAAAUUAUACAUCUUAAGAAGGUAUAAAUGUUCAAGAACUUGUGGUUUGAGCUGGACAACUGCAUGAACUCUGUAGCUCAGUUGGUUAGAGUAGUAGUGCUGCCCGGGAAUCGCAAGGAGCAGGUUCGAUUCCUCCCAGAGGGGCUGAAAUUGUUUAUAAUCUUCCGGCUGCUUGAAAUUUCCGUCGACAAAAACCCUUCAACUGUUAGUUCUAUCGCGCGAGAUGCCUCAAAAACUUCAAUGUUUACCUAUACCAUACCCUUCCUGCCAUAUUAUUCCAUACCAUAACAUCACAUUCCAUACGAUACUGUACAUACCAUACCAUACCAUACCAUACCAUACCAUACCAUACCAUACCAUACCAUCCAUACCAUACCAUACCAUACCAUACCAUACCAUACCAUACCAUACCACACCAUACCAUAUCAUGCCAUACCAUACCAAACCAUACCAUACCAUACCAUAACUGUCUGUACCAGUGUUGGUAGUGCCAAUGUGAUAAUGCUGUGCUGAGUGGUUAUAUUACUACCUUAAAAAAUAAGCAGAAACUCGACGUUUCGAGCGAAGGCCCUUCGUGACUUCUUGACGAAGGGCCUUCGCUCGAAACGUCGAGUUUCUGCUUAUUUUUUAAGGUAGUAAUAUAACCACUCAGCACAGCAUACCAUACCAUAUCAUUCCAUACCAUACCAUGCCAUAUCAUACCAUACCAUUCGUACCAUACUAUACUAUACCAUAUCUAAUCUUUUUUGCUUGACCCAUUGAGCGCUCUCGCCUUGACGAGUGAAUCGUCUCACGUUAGACAGAGUAAAAUAAUUAGGAAGGCGCGUCACUGCGUCAGGGUUCAAUGCAGCUUACUGGGUUGAGUAUUACAGGUAGUAAACAUGAAGUAAUACUCCUGCUGUCUUUUUUAAGCAACCGACUGCUGAAGAAUACAACAGCUCGAUAACAUUUAGGAUUCGUGUUGAUGACGAUGGUACAGUGCUUGAACGAAAAAACGGAGCUGAGGAAUAUCGAAUCAAAAAGGAUGAAACUAAAUAUUCUGUACAUAAUUGUUCCGUCCUUAUUGGAUGUAUGUAUUCUCAUUAUUACAUGUAGCAUGCACUACACCUCAAGGAAAUCCACUUUAGAAUUGACAAAGCUAAUGCAGUAUGAAUUUAGUUAAUUUGUAAGCUUAGUCUGGUACUCGGGUACACUUCUCUUCUCAGAUAUUUCUAGAAAUACGCAGAAUUUAUUCCAAAAAUUUCAUGUUUCUUUUCCAGCAAAUGAAACAGAGAUUGACUUUCAACUUAGUUCAAACACAGUCCCAGAGAAUUCCACGUAUGGUACGAUAAUUAUUGGCUACCUUUCUCGAACACCACUUCUGGAUGAUGAACAGAUCAGCUAUCACAUCCUUGAAGUCACGAAUAUAACACAGCCGUUUGAAAUUGAUCGGAAUAUUUUAAAAGUAAAACUUGACAAUACUUUGGAUUAUGAACGGCUUCCAGCAGACAAGAGUUUGCCUAUCACCAUCAGCAGUGUGGCUUCAAUAUCUGGAGUUUUUACAAAGCAAUUCCUGAUUGAAGUUUUAGGUAAGAUAUAUACACCUGACAAACAAAAUUAUUCCUUUGUCUUGUGUAAACUCAGUUUGGCCUAGAACUAUUAUAAUUGAACUAUAUAAUAUUUCUUCCCCACAGAUGUGAAUGAAAUGCCUACAGCAAUCUGCCUGACGAGCCCGCGACCCCGUGAGAACUGUUCAGUGGUUGGUCACUUUUUGAUAGAAGACUUGGACUAUCCCGAGCUGCAAUGCGGGAUUAGUGAGACAAAUGACUUGAAGAAUUAUUCAAGCCAAUUAUCAGAAUACACAUGUCAUAUUCAGGAAGGCGUGGAUACUUUAAGUAAUAAAGUUUUCGUGAAUGAAUAUUUCUAUAUUCAAGACUCACCCCCAACAUUAUAUGUGAACAAGACUGUUUUCACUCGUGGAGAUACAUCCUAUGAUAUCCCUAUAGUAUGCCGAAGUACCUUAUAUCCCCUGCAUAUCCUUCCUACGACGCUAAAUGUGAAUAUCACAGGUAAGCUUUCCAAACGCUAGAAACAUUUCUGAGUACAAGCAUUACAAGGCAACAGAUCGACAGUGAUCAAUUUCACAACUGCUGAAACUUUUAGGGCAAGAGAAUUAAACUUUCUUUCAAUUCUAUUUAUUUUCCACGAAACAUAAACUGACUACCAUAUAUCGUGAAAAGAAUUAACGUUAUUUUCUCACUUUGAUAACUGCAGGUCGACCAACGCCGAAGGCGUAAGAUCGCCUAGGGGGGUCAUGCACCCCCGGUCCGGGGGCAUCGGCAUGCACCCUCGGGAAAAUUUUGAAAUCUAGAGUCCCUGAAAUGCAAUUUCAAGCAUUUCGGGGGUGAAAUCUUGCAGAAUUCCGAAGAGUAUAAAGUACCUCCAAGACAUAAAUUUUCCCAGACAUUUCUACUCGGAAUUAAAUAAAUUGGAAAAAUCACCUUGAAAAACAAGAGGAGGAAUCAAUGUCACCUUAUUUCCCCUCUGUGAUGCUGGGGGGAGAAAAUCCCAAUGUGAGGUUCAUUCUAGGUUCUAUGAGACACCAUUUCCGCAUUUUCAAAAUUGCGUUUCUUUUUUAUACGAUGCAGAAUAAGUCUGAGAAGAAUAUUCACGCUAUGAUAAUACGUAUACAUACAUGUAAAUCUAAACUAAAUCUAUUUUUCUUGGAACCAUAUCUACAACUGCUUCAACGAGAUUUUACAAAUCAACAUCCUCCAGUAUCCAGUUCCUCGUCGUUUUCCUCAGUCGAUACGUACUUAAUCAGUUUCAGCUUCGAGUAUGUAACAUUAUACCCCAAUUUCUCUACGGAUUAGCCGUUUUCAGAGAAUGGUUUUUGUGGCGAUUGGGGGGGGGGGGGCGGUCGCCCCCUUGGCUACGCCACUGAGUGAAACCCAUUUAUCAAAGUCUCUGAAAUAAAGUGUUUCAUUUUCGAAAUAUAUAGUGUUCUCCGUUUCGACUUUGGUUCAUUUUGGAAUAUGUUCGUUGUCUUUUUAAGGAUACAAGUUUACUGCUGUUUCUCCUAAUGAUAUAUUUUAUUUUGUAUUUCAGUUCCUGAUAAUCCAAACUGCCGCCAUGGUGAACUUUGUGCUUCAUGUCCUGAACCUAAAUAUUGUCUUAGUCAUGUUGCGGCUGCUAGCAAGUAAGGAGUUUUCUUUAACGAGAAUUGUGGUAAAAUAGAAAACUUUGUUUCUUACGCCCGUAUUCUAAAAGCUCACUUAUACACUCAAUGAGUGGAGGUUCAAUCUAGGCUUCCCUUGAGUGUCAAUGCUGUUUUUGAAUAGCUGGAGGGUUUAUUGUGCCGUACCUUACUAUAUGUGACUACUCACCCUCCAGCUAUUCAAAAACAGCAUUGACACUCAAGGGAAGCUCAGAUUGAACCUCCACUCUUUGAGUGUGAAUGAGCUUUUAGAAUACAGGUGUUAGUCAUGCUUCCUGAAGGUGUAAAGCAAGAAACGUUAUUUUGUCAACACGACAAAAAAUAUGUGGGAAUUUAUUGGGGAAUAUUUUUGGAAAGCAAGUUCAGUUUCCACACUAAUGCAUGUCUCCAAGUUUACUCAAAUUUAUUGGCCGAGGAUGGUGCAUGCGCAGAUUUUACCUCAGGUGCUGAGGUGCGCUACCAGUACUGGUCCUGUCACAGUUUCCUUAACUAUGGCCACUGUGGUCUGGAGGAUUCACGAGUGCAAGAUAAUUCCCUACAUCUCAUUUUAUAGUCAUGUUCGGUACAUUAUGUUUUGUAUUACAUAUAUCGUCAUAUGAUCAUGAUAUUUUCCACUAGGUGUGUAGGAGAAGAUUAUCGUAUCAAUUCAACAGUUGCAAUCCCUGUUUCCACCUUUGAAAAACAUGACUUUGUAUCCAUGUUUGAAGACUAUGUGACGAGCUUGAUUGAAGGAACUUCAGAAGGAAAGACCCUGGCACAACUUGUGCAAGAUUUUAAUAGUAAGUGAAAGAAAAACACUUCUAAAAAGUGAUUUGUUGGUUUCUGUACUGUAAUACUACGGGACGGUAGAUCCGUAGAUGCAUGGUCCUCAUUACAGUAAGCUCAUUACUUAGAUUUUUGUUUACUAUUUUAGAUCAAAACGAUGCUUCCAGAAGACGACGUGAGGUGGAAUACAGCGAUGUCUAUGUAGAACAACUUGUGCACGUUGGUCAAGGGACUUCAACCAACGUAGUCUUUGCUGUGGCUGAGAAACCCAGCUAUGAUCUCAUUCCUGCUUCAGCGGCCUGCAAGUUGUUGAAAAAUACUGAAGUGAAAUGUUUAGCUGAUGAUACUAACACCUCACCAGGCAACGGUGAUGAUCCUAACACCUCGCCAGGCAACGGUGAUGAUCCUAACAUCGCACCAGCCAGAGAUGAUCCUGGUGAAAGAGGGUUUCCACUCUGGAUUGUCUAUACCAUUGCUGGAUUAUUACUUGUUGCUUUUAUUGUCACGGUGGUUGUAAUUAGAAGAAAAAGAAGGAAAGCAAAGAAGAAGGUGUGUGCUUAGUUUGUGUUAAGAUCUGAAAAAACUAAAACAAACGUAGCAGAAUAAAUGUUUCCCGGUCAUGUUUCCCAAAGGUGGCCGGCAAAGCAGGAAGCAAUAACCAUUAACCAGUAAAACGUUGUUUUCAAGUCAUAUUUUCCAGAAGUGGGUUAACCAGGAAACGUUGUUUCCCAGCAAAUAUUCCCUAGAAGUGGGCAAACCAGGAAGCACUGCAGUUUCGAAGCAAAUAUUUCCCAAAGGUGGGCAGAGCAGGCAACAUUGUUUCCUAGCCAUGCUUCCCAAAUGUGGACAAGCCAGGAAGCACUGUUUCCCAGGGAAUGUUUCGACAAGAAUACUUCCCAAUUUUCCUUCCGCCAUUAUUAAACACGGUACACUUGAACAUCAGCGUAGAAAGAACCCACACCCGAUGAGCUCAAUAUAUAUCUGGAGUGAGAACUCGAUCCGAAAAGUGAAGCCAGCUUCGUGUUAACCGCGCAGACAAAAACAAUAGAAAGAGACUGGAACCGACGUCCAAUACUCCUUCAAUUUUCGCCAUGUUGGCCAGGAGUGUGCCGAAAUUUCGUAUUUUGACAUCGAUUUAAAGAAUAACACUAUGGUUUUAUGAACUGAUGACUCAAUCUCGUUCCCCGAGCCUGCGAUCCUCGGGAAGGAACGUGAGGCUCUGGGAUAAUUCGCGUUACCGGAAGCCAGGAAUCCUGGCUAAGACUGCGCAUUCCAUAUCAACGGCCAAUCAGAUUCCUCCCUGAAACGGAUUAUUAUCCCAGAGCCUCACGUUCCUUCCCGAGGAUCGCAGAAUCGGGGAACGAGAUUGACUUGAUUAGCGACGAUCCGUUAGAAAAAACUGAAAUUAGCUGUGGAAAAAUGGUAUAAAAACUGUUUGCGACCUUCAGAGCUAUUGGAUGUCAAUGGCGCCAUCUUGGCUUCACUUUUCUCAUUGACCGAAUAACUGAAGUUCUUACUCCAGAUAUAUAUGGAGGUCAGUGCCCACUCCCAACUCACGGUCUAGGUAUAAAAGUAUUUGAUUGAUUUGUUAGAGAGACAACAACAGUGCACCUGUGCGUUUUAAUCACCAUGAUAACACGGUCGCGCUUGACUCGAACUCGAUGUAUGAGAUACCAUUUCAAGACAGAGAUCAGAGUUAUUAUUCUCACAGUGGACCGUCAAAUCCUUUUGUGUUGGAGAAACAGAAGGUAGGCAAAACAUUCAUAAAAUUUGAACGUUUCAUUAAUUAAACCAGGUUGUAGAUGGGUCAACUUCAGAAAUCUAAUCUAUAAUCUACUAUAUAUAUCCUCUGUUUGUUCGGCUUUCAAUAAAUUAUCGAAAGUUCGAUAAGUUCUUCGAUGAAUGAAUCGAUCAGUAAUCGAUAAUAUAAUUAUCUCUACGUGCAGGUGUGUCUCGACCCAGCCUUUGCCAACCCAGGCUACUGUGCCGAUGGGGACUGGAAGAGAGGCGGGCCUAGUACUAGUAGACAAAGCACCAUGAAUCAUUACGAGGCAAACCCGUUCCCAGUCUACGAAAGUAUCGACGGCGACCUCCAUGCGAGAGUGCACGAUGCUGGAGCACAAUUUGGAAGAAACGGAUACGAAACAACAGAAUAAAACACGAAUAAAUGAAGAUGAAGUGAGCCGGAUGACAACAACAACCAUAGUUCUUAAAGAAAUAUUUUAGGAGCACAAUUUGCACAAAAAAACUAGUACUUUCUUUCCUAGCUUUUUACUGAAGUUUUUUACUGAAAUAUUUUGGCAAGAAGAUAUAACGUAAAAACCAGGUAACUAAACAUUAUAUAGCCUGGAUAUAUCACAUAAUUCAUAAACUUCGUCAGUAUGUAAUUCGUAAAAUCUUGCCAUGCACAAUAUUAUCGAAAGUCUUGCAUAAAUAUGUAACUUAGCUGCAACCAAUCCGCUAUUACAGCGAUGUAUAUAAUGCCGGCGAAAUGUAGCUGAAAAAGUAAAAAGAUUUUAACCUGCAUAAUUUUAAGAUAAAGUAAUUUUUAAGUUGGAUCGCAAACAGGUUUUAUGAUAGCUUGACUAUAACAAGGGAACACAAUAAAACUAAACAACAAAUUUUCUAAAUAGUGUCUCGUAAACACUAGUGACACUGAUCAUUUUUGUUUGCGCAAGUCAAUCACAAAACAUGAUUAUUUUAGGUUAGUAAUUACACGUUUUCCAAAUGCAGAAAUCUGUAUCAAUUUUAUGCGUUUCGUUAUUUGGUGGCAACGCUAUUACGCAAAGACCUGUAAUCAGUUUUAAGUUGCGUAUAGGCCUAUAUCAUAAAUUAUGUUUUUGGCAUGUGUCGACUGUUUUCAGCCUAUAGAAACAGUGCAUGCAGCUUGCGCUGUUUAGAUUACAAGUAAUUAACAAGAUUUUAUAUAGGUUUUUAAUAAUCGCUAUUACGUUUUGAAAAUAUUUCCGUUCGCAUAAACGAAAGCACUUCAUUUAUGAAGUAGGCACUUUAAACACGGAAGUUCGCGAUUGACGCAAAAAAUGAUAAAUUGUGUUUUGCGCAGUAAUUCACUUGCGCGAUUCAGCUAAAUCAGUAAACAGAUAUAGGACCAAUUAAGAUGAUAUCACUGACAUUUUAUCACAAGUAUUACUUUAAACACGAAGCAGAGGUUAUGCUGUUUUUCUCAUCAAAAUUACUGUCAGCAAUUUCGAUCUGCGUUCGCGAUAGACGCACUGCGCUACCUUACAUAGCAGUGUGCGCGCAUUAUUGCUGCGUGCCAUUGGAGCCUGGGUUUUUCGCACGCUGGCUAAUCCUUGCAUUUCGCAACAUAAAGUUUGCCGCAAAAGACCAAAGAGAAAAAAAUUAAUACAAAAACAACACGCUGCAUGCAACACUUCGCGUUAAUCCGAUAAAGUAAGUGUCUAAACCAUGUCAGAAUCCAGAACACUACAGCUUGGACUCAGUAGACAACCCAGCAUGAAAAUUCUCAACCUGGUUUCUUCAAAAACACAAUGCAAUAAAAUCAGUACAAACUGGGUGUACUUGGAUUAAGCUGGCUUACUUUUUCCAGUAUGUUAGUGUAAUUAACCUGCUCGCACAACACGAACAAAUCCAGUCUGGGAGCAGGCAAUAGUGUAAAUUAGCGAACAACUCUCCAUUAAUUGAAC